UUGCUCGGCCAUAAACUAUGGCUCGACGAAAACUGCCUGAAAAUGCCGCGAAAACAUUAAUUGCUGACGUUGCAGGAUGUUUCUUUUGGCAAAACGAAAGUCAGUUGGUCACGGUUCAUCAUGUGACUGCAUAUGUAAAGUCCCAGAAGAUCAGAUUUGCUUGAAGGUUCUCGAAGUUGGAAUUUAUUUGCAGUAAACCUGUUUUAACCGGGAUAUUCAAGAAAUUUCAGUUACAGGAAAUUGCACGUUGUUGAUGAUGUAAGCGGAAAAUGCCGGUUGAAACAGAAACACUAGAACCGACUUCCUACCCAGAAUACGAAAACAAAUGUUGUCUAGUUAUCAGAUGCAUUGGAAAAUUACAGAGUGAGCUUCAACUUGGAAAUUCUGCGGAGGCAGAAAAGUCACUGCAAAACACCUACAAACACCUCCAAGAGUCGACGCCAAAUGACUUUUCUUUCCCCAGUUUAGAGGAGAAACAAAUCAUAAACAGUGUAGAGCGAACAUACAUAAUCAAUUCCCCGUGGAAUUCCAAAAAUGGAACCAUUCUGUUGGCACAGCCGCGCUCUGAAAACUUAUUCGUCCGAUCUCUCAACGCUUGUGCUGCGCUGGCUCUCAACAUGUGUAGUCCUGACGUUUCUGCUGAUGCUUUGGAGCAGUCCGUUAGCCACAUAGACGGUGCCGAUGAGGAGGCAUUGAAUGUUAGUUCGGGCGUUGCUUAUAAUAAUUUAGGCUGUGUGUGUAUUUGCAAAGGAUUUUUCCAAAACGCAAAAGAAAAUCUUGAAACUGCUCUCAAAAAAUUUAAUUUACUCAAGAACUUGACCAAUGGCCACGUAGUUGAAGAGAAUAUUGUAACUGUCUGUAGCAACUUAAGACUGGUACAUCAGGCUCAAAGGGACCACACAGCUGAUCACCAAGUUCGAAGUGAGCUCUUUCCGAUGCUACGUCAAGCUCCCUUACCUGCAAGCCUAAUUGCCGUUGUAGAAUUUAAUGAAGCGUGUACCUCCUUAGAGAACCGAAAUCUUAGAAAAGCUUUGAAGGAGUUUGAGAUGUUGAAAUCUUUCUGUGAAUCAGAAUUAAAUCAAACGGAGGAACUGACAAAAUGUAUUUCGUUGAAAAUUUGCCUAGUUUACCUUUUGCUGGGAAACUCGUCAAAGGCUUCAGCAAUCAUUGACACCAAGACUUUGACGUUGGCUGAACUGAUAGAACUUCUUGAUGUGAAAGCAAACUUCCCUGUGGAUUUUUUCAUUACAGCUGCAGAGACCCUAGUAGAUAUUUGUGUACAUCAAGGUAAUCAAGAUUUGGCAUGCAAAUUUUUGGUGUAUCUUGUAAAGCUUUGUCGCGAAAGAUGUGGCGCAAGUCAUCCAACCGUUGCUACUAUUCUGCUGAAGCAGGGGCUUGUUUUAUCGAACAUGGAAAAAGUUGAGCAAUCGAGGCAAUGUCUUACAGAUGCACUAGAGAUUUUCACAAGAGCUUUUGGAUCUGUUCACCCCGAUGUUCUGAAAUGUAAUGUAAGUCUUGCGCGGUUAGAAUCUCGCGAGGGAUUCCAAGAGAAAUCUUUGCUGCACUGUCAGAGAGUUCUCGAAAAUGUAGAAGAGAUUUGCCAAGUUUCACUUGUGAAUCAACUGAAGGGUACAUUCAUGUCAAAGUUUGAUCGCAAGAAAAUAUCAGUUCCUGAAACCGUUUCUGAGNGCGUGAGUGCAAUUUCUACAGAAAAUGUAUUUGGUUUCUGA